AUGCACACGCAUACUACUCGGCGGGUUGGAGUUUCGAGGAGCGUGCUGGCUAGUGAAGUGGGAAGUGCACCGCCAGAUGUAGUUGCGUUUGAUACGACUACACGUGUUAAAGGGAGGAAGAUGAAUCUGGCGAAGAAGGCGAAGGCGUUGUUUGGAAUUGAGUAA